AUGCCUACGCACCCAGACUUAACAAACGUCGGUAGAAUGAUCCCCCUUCUUUCAUGGUUCCUUGCGAUCUAUGUCUGCCUGUCCUCAGCAUCUCUGAAUAUUCCCCCCCAGCAGCACCCUCUCUUAUCCAACACUGCCGCAACUUUAGCUUCCAAUUUCAGUGUAGGAUUCUCGCUUCAGAGCUCCUACGGUGCCGCGGCAAUCAUUUUCACUUAUCCUGACGGGCAGCUGGAGACACAUACCACAGUACCUCCGUAUAACGACGAUGGAGAGUAUUAUGAAGACAUCCCACGACAAGCUGCCCGAGCUGCACUGAAGGCGGCCGGCCUCCCGGCAUCUAAUGACGUGGGAGUCCUUGCUGCUGUUCUUCGUCAGCUACGUUCCCAACUGGAGGGAGCCUUUGGGGUGGUCAUCACCGAGGCCGUUUUCACCUGCUCACAUGUCAUAGCGCUGUACCAAGACGACAUGGAAGAUGCAGCCAUUCAUCUUGGGAUCCGCUAUGUGACGCCGAAACGUGAGCAUCAUGCAUUGGUGUGGGAAACAUCCUCAGUCUAUGCAGGCCACGGACGUGGCCUCUGCAAAUCGUGGUACAACGAAAGUCAAUGCCUCUGGGAGGUGCACAACACUCUGCCGGACAUUACUGCGCUGAGUGUGCAUUACAGUCGUACUGCGCUGACGGUAUCUCUGGCGAGAAUGCAAGGGGCGCAUGAUCUUUGGGAGCCUCCGUACCGGCAUGUUGAGAACUUCACGCUAGGUCGGGAGGCGCUCGCAUACUAUCCCGACGAGAAGGAUUAUUGGACUUAUGUUGAAGACUUCUUGCUGAUCGUCAUGAAGUUCUUCCCGUAUUUUGACAAACCGGACCUGAUUUUGGUGAAUGGCGACGCGGUAGAGCGAGAGUUCAUGCAACAUCUUGAAAAUUCCAUAGCUAGACACAUGGGAAGAGUUCCAGAGGUUCUCUCGGACGAGCCAGUCACGGCUGCUGCCAAGGGUGCUGCCGAGUUCAUGCGGCGUGGGCCGGCAAAGGCAAUGACCAAUGCCAGUUUCAUGAUUGCAUGGCUAUUUGGGCACGAAGGGGAACACUGGCAGAGAUCAAUGGCGAAGCCCAACAUGAGCUCCAACAUGAGCUCCAACACGGGAUGCAACAAAGAACCCAGCAAAGGAUCCAACACAGGCUCCGGAAGCCGAUCACCACCGAGCAAAGGGUUCUACAAUAUAUUCCCGACCUCUGACGCCAACCUCAACGACACUGAGCUGUUUGUCAAGACAACAGUCAACAACGAAGAUCUUAGGCCAUGGACCGAUGUGCAAGGUCACCUCAUUUCGUGGACGGUACAAGUCGAUCAGGGACAGGUUUCUCUGCUGGCCAGUUACCCCGGGAUCAAAAGCAUUUCGAAGCUUGACUUGCCCGCAGGCAAUCCUGAGCCUCAAGGGGCGACAGCAUCAUAUGGAGCUACAACAGAGACGCAAACGAAACGUAACGAGGAGAAAAGUGAAUGGAUUAUCAUUCCGACCGACGAUGCAGACGCUGCACUAUGUGACCAGAUAACUGGACUCCUGAGGGCCUUGUCAAACACGGAUCCGUUGAAGUAUUCCUUUUCUUUAGGGGAAGAAACACUCACCUUUUGGGGAGCGCACCUCACGUCGGCACAGCGCGACGAAGUUGCGAAACAUCCAGGAGUCAAAGGAGUCGAUCCUAACGCUCCGAUCGAGUCCACCUCCAUAUCUUCGCCUGCUCUCGUACAUCCUCGAACAAUCGUAGAGAACAGGGACGUCAGUUACGCUGUUCAGAAGGAUGCUGUGGAGGAGCUUGUCUCUAUCAGCCAACCAAGCACUGUUCCGGAUAUUGGGAAACUUAAAAACUAUGUCUUCGAAAGUAUCAAUGGUGCUAGAAGCUACCUCUAUCAUUUUGAAUUCGGAGUCGCGUUUCGUGAUUUGGCAGCAGAAUUCCCUCACGUCUCAACAGAGCAUGUCACUACGAUAAGCUCCAGACAGCGAGGCUUGAGACCCGACCAGGAUAUCUCGAUCCCCCCUUUUCACAGCACUUGCACUGCCGGCAAGGGUCUCGGCCAAUUGUAUGGUGCCUCGAAGGCAGCCACACUCGUCGUCGUAAGGCUGAGCGAGUACACGCUACUGGAGAUGAUGUCAGCGUUGGCGGAGGUUAUUAGUGAUAUUCGAUCGCAUCCCGAGAGGGCAAAGUUGAGUGUCGUGAGCAUGUCGCUUGAAGGACCAAAAUUCGACCCGAACAACGUGGCCAUGGGUUUCCUGGCUGGGGUCGUUGGACGAUUGUUAAGCAUGGAUGUGCCAGUAGUCGUAUCUGCUGGCAAUCAUGCGAAUGAGGCGGGCCGGGAAAGAAUUGACACCGUUCCGGCAGCAUUCGCUGGAGACACUUUUCCUCUUAUUGUGGUCGGGUCCUGCAACCGCGCAGGCUUCAGAUCUGGUUUCUCGCAGACUGGGCCACAGCUGACGACCUAUGCACUGGGCGAAGAUGUCACUUGCUUAACCGUCGGAGGCGACCAACCAUCUAGGGGUAGAUCGGGAACUUCUUACUCCACACCACUUGUUGCAGGGGAGAUCGCAAACCUGCUGUCUCGCGAGACGGUACCCUUUGACACUAGCAACGGCAACUUAGUCAAGAGUCUGCGUGCUUAUCUAAUGACGAAUACCGACUCUGGCUGGUCUCGCCAGCCAGGUAUACGUGUUCUUUGGAACGGUGUUACCGAAGCUCAUAACUCUCCGGAACCAGUCGCAGACGCACCGGCACCACCCGACCCGCCCGUGACCGUGACAAAGAAGUGUGCUCAUCUUGCAGACAACAAGUAUACUGCACGAGAGAGCCUUCGGUCCAUCAUCGAGGAUCUCUUCUGUCCUGACGCCGUAGCUCAAGGAGGGCUGGACAAAGACAGCAGCUCAAUCAUGCGGCGGUAUCAUCAAGGCACUCUGGAGGAUGUGAGCAUCGCAAUCAACUAUAAGCCAGGUCUAAACGUCAAGCUCGUCAAAGACGACUGCGUGCAUUACCUUCUCAGCGAGCUUACCGAUGGCUGCGAUGGCAACGACCCCGAGGGCAACCCGGCGAACUACAAGGCUGGUGGCGAGGUGACAGUCGGUCCCGUGGCGUACUUGAUCCAGCCCCAGGCGCUCCGGCAGCCGGCACGUCUCGGAAUUCAGGCAAAAUGUGAUAGCUCUUGGAAGGCAGUCUUCAACGAGUAUGUCUUGUGGGGUCAUGGAUUUGCGAGCGACGACUCUGGGGCUCGUCUGAAACGGGAGCUCGAAGGCUGCGCAUUGCUGCCAAAGACAUGGAGCUUCCAGUACGGUUUAGGUAGCGACGGCAGGGAGUGGACGGCUAAGUUCCGCACUGGCGUCUUCCAGAAAAAAUGCGUGGGUCAUGCUUCAGUGACAGCUGGGGCGCCCGGGGGCUUUGGUUGCGGCGGCAGUGGAUCUUGA